AUGCAUUUUUCUAGUUUGAUUCCCGCUUUGGGGGGUCUCGUGGCUGUUGCCACUGCCUCGCCUCACCUUCUAGGCCUCGGUCUCGACGUCGAUGUCUCGCUGGGAGGAGGAAAGGGCGCUUCAUCCGCUGCUGACACAACCUCCAAGGGCCUUGACCUCGUCCCCACCACUUCUGCCACUAGCCAGAAGAACGGUCUUGCUUCUUCCUGCAACUUGGCUAACAGCUGGGAGAACCAUGUUCUCUUCGACGGUAUCGCCGCUCCUGCUUCUGGCGCUGCUGCCGCCAUCAAGCUUGGUCUUAACCUCCCCAAUGCUCAGAUCGAGGGUGAGGCUACUCUCGAGCUUGUGAAGGAUUUCCUUACGGAGCCUCGUGUGCGUAUUGGUCUUGGUGCUAUCAAGGCUUACCUCGAGCUUGACAUUUCUGCUUCCGCUGCUGUUCACGAAUCCAUUGAACUUUUCGCUUCUUCUGCUCUCCAGCUUGAGGUCCCUGGUCUUCUUGAGGCUGAGGCCGGUGCUGCUCUCGCUCUUGACCUUGUCGUCGGUGUCGAUGCUGCUAUUGACCUCUCCGCUGGUGUUUACCUUUCCUUUGGCGAGGAGGCUUUCGUCGAAGUUUCUCUUCUCACCAAGGAGAUUGUUGAUGUCUCCCUCGAGGGUCUUGUUGCCAAGGCUCUCCCCAUUGGCGUUGGUGCUGAGGUCGACCUCUCUGCUGAGGUUUCCCUCACCCUUGGCCUCCGUCUCCGAACCGAGAUCGAUCUUUCUGCCGAGCUUGACAUCCCCGUUCUCGACAUCGAGGCUGGUGCCAAGAUUGCUGUCUGGGUCAGCCUUUUCGAGUACACUGCUGUUCUCGUCAACACCGACAACUGCGUCGUCUCCGUCGAUGAGCUCAUUGCUCUCACUCUUGGUCUCGCUGUCGAGCUCAACGUGGAGAUCGGCGACAUUCUCGACCUUAGCCUUGCUCCUACCCUAACCGUCACCCUUGCUACUGCUGCUCAGGCCAAGGUUUGCCAGCCUAACCGCGGUACUCCUGGUACCUUCAUUGAGAAGCAAGGAGGCCCUUCUACCACCCACACUCAGGCCGUCUCUCUGUCUACUGUCCCUGCUGGAGGCUCUGACUCUACUCCCGACUCUGCUCUUCCUGACGCCACUGGUUCUGUUGACGUUACCGGCUCUGCCACUGCUGAUUCUUCUGAGACCUACCCUGCUGGUGCCGAGACUACUGGUUCUGGCUCCGGAGCUUACCCCAUCCCUGGAUCUGGCUCCGGAUCAGCUGCUUCUGCCGGCGCUGAGACCACUGGCUCUGGCUCUGGUGCUUACCCCAUCCCUGGUUCCGGUUCUGGCUCAGGUGCAUCUGGCUCCGAGACUUACCCUGCUGGUGCUGAAACUACCGGUUCUGGAUCAGGUGCCUACCCCAUUCCUGGAUCUGGCUCCGGAUCAGCUGCUUCUGCCGGCGCUGAGACCACUGGCUCUGGCUCUGGUGCUUCCGCUGGUGCCGAGACCACCGGUACUGGCUCUGCUCUGGUGCUUCUGCUGGUGCUGAAACUACCGGUACUGGCUCCGGCGCCUAUCCCAUCCCUGGCUCUGGCUCCGGAUCAGCUGCUUCUGCCGGCGCUGAGACCACUGGCUCUGGCUCUGGUGCUUCCGCUGGUGCCGAGACCACCGGUACUGGCUCCGGCGCUUAUCCCAUCUCUGGCUCCUCUUCCGCUCUCGCAAGCCCCAGACCACCGGUUCCGUCGCUGCCAUCGUCCCUCACGGCAACGGCACUGCCACCGGCGAUGUCACCAGCACCGUCACCUCCACCCACGUCUACACCAUUACCAGCUGUGCUGCCUCCGUCAUCAACUGUCCUGCCCGCUACACCCAGAAGGUCGUCACAUCCACCGUCAUCGAGAGCACCUACGUCUGCCCCGCUACUGA